AUGGUAAUUUCUUGGCUUCUACAUUCUUGUAAAGAAAACAUUAGUUCCAGUGUUCUUUACUGUAAUUCUGCUGCUGAUAUAUGGAAAGAGUUAAAGAAUAGGUUCUCUCAAUCUAAUGGACCUAAAAUUCUACAAAUUGAUAAAGAAUUAAAUUCUUUUGAACAAGGAAAUUUGUCAAUUGCUGAGUAUUUUACCAAAUUGAAGAGUUUGUGGGAUGCAUAUGACAGUCUUGUGAAAAUUCCCAAAUGUUCUUCUGGUCUUUGUACUUGUGAUGUUAAUGGUUCAAUUGUUGAGUUGAUUAAGAAUCAAAGACUGUACAAAUUCUUAAUGGGUUUGAAUGGAGCAUAUAAAAAUGUUAGAGGCAAUAUUCUUAUGAUUAAACCAUUACCAGAUGUUAACACUGCUUACAGUAUCUUGAUUCAAGAUAAGACCCAGAGAGAAUUUUCUGAUAAUUUGGCUUCUGUGAGUGAAAAUAAUGCUUUUGCUGUCAAUAGUAACCAGUUUAAUUCCAAUGGAAAUAGGAAUUCUUUCCCCUACUUGACUGGUCAUCAUUCUGGAAAUUACAAUAAAGGGAGAUCUGGGUCUGUUUCAUAUCAAUCUGGUUCUGGUAAUGGUUCUACAUAUCAGAAGAAUUAA